GGUGGGAGGCGGCGAUGCGCACGGCCAGAGAGACGCGGAGGAGGAGACAUGAGCCGGCGGGCGCCCAGACGGAGCGGCCGUGACGCGUUCGUGCUGCAACCGCGCGCUCCUCCGGCCCCAGAGUGCUGACCCCUGGCCCCGUGCAGCCCUGUGCCCCGGCCAGAGAGCGCGCCUUAGGCUCCAGACUCGCCACGCAUGCUGCCCCCGGAGUGAGCCGGGCAGCCAGCCUCCCGAGGACGCCCGGACGGCCGGCCGGCCGGUAGUGAGCAAGCUUCCCCGCACCAGCCUCCUGCACAGCCCGGAGGGCGCAGCGCUCGGGAGGAGCCGCGCGGGGCGCUGAUGCCGCAGGGCGCGCCGCGGAGCGCCCCGGAGCAGCAGAGUCUGCAGCAGCAGCAACAGCCAGCGAGGAGGGAGCAGCAGCAGCGGCGGCGGCGGCGGCGGAGGCGGCGGAGGCGCCCGGUCCCGGCCGCGCGGAGCGGACAUGUGCAGGCUGGGCUAGGAGCCGCCGCCUCCUCCCCGCCCAGCGAUGUAUUCGGCGCCCUCCGCCUGCACUUGCCUGUGUUUACACUUCCUGCUGCUGUGCUUCCAGGUACAGGUGCUGGCGGCCGAGGAGAACGUGGACUUCCGAAUCCACGUGGAGAACCAGACGCGGGCUCGGGACGAUGUGAGCCGUAAGCAGCUGCGGCUGUACCAGCUCUACAGCCGGACCAGCGGCAAGCACAUCCAGGUCCUGGGCCGCAGGAUCAGCGCCCGUGGCGAGGAUGGGGACAAGUAUGCCCAGCUCCUAGUGGAGACAGACACCUUCGGCAGUCAAGUCCGCAUCAAGGGCAAGGAGACGGAGUUCUACCUGUGUAUGAACCGGAAAGGCAAGCUCGUGGGGAAGCCCGACGGCACCAGUAAGGAGUGUGUGUUCAUUGAGAAGGUCUUGGAGAACAACUACACGGCCCUGAUGUCAGCCAAGUACUCCGGCUGGUACGUGGGCUUCACCAAGAAGGGGCGGCCAAGGAAGGGCCCCAAGACCCGGGAGAACCAGCAGGACGUGCACUUCAUGAAGCGCUACCCCAAGGGGCAGACGGAGCUGCAGAAGCCGUUCAAGUACACCACGGUGACCAAGCGGUCCCGGCGCAUCCGCCCCACGCACCCCGGCUAGGCGGCCGCCCCGGGCCCACGCUCUCACUCCCCGAGAACUGCAUCAGAGGAAUAUUUUUACAUGAAAAAUAAGGAAGAAGCUCUAUUUUUGUACAUUGUUUCCAAGAAGACAAAAACUGAACCAAAACUCUCGGGGGCGGGGGAACGGUAAGGACCUUAUGGUUGACCCGAAACCCCCCUGCGACAAAGACUCACCCGGAGAGACGGCGUCAGCACCCAGGUGCGUGUCUCUCUCUCUCAGAACAGACAACGCUCAGCUCGUCCCCAGAGGAGGACUUGAAUGAGGAAAACGACACUCUGAGAAACCAAAGUCCUUUUUCCCAAAGGUUCUGAAAACGAAAGAAAAACAAAACAAAACAAAACGAAAAAAAAAAGG